AUGGGAAGGAGGAGGGAAGGCAGUACGGAGGAGGCCACACUGCUGCUGCUGCUGCUGGUGCUGCCACUGCUCGGUGUGGCGCAGGGGAAGAAGACAGACGCAAGGAAAGAGAAGGAGUGGGGGGAGGGGGGGGUUAAAAACCUUGUCUUGAGCAUCGGGUCCUUCUUAUCAAGAUCACGCAGGGGAGAAAGAAAGAAGGAGAUAUGUAGGAGAAUACAGGGUUUGGAGGGGUUAAGAGCGGGGACGGAGGAUGAGAGGUCACCAAUGGUAAAGAUGAAGAAGGAAAAUAGGCCCACACAGCAGAGAAAACCAAGCACUGGUGCCAAAGCAAUGGCCAGGCCCAAGGUUCCCGUCCUCUGGUGGAUGCAGCAGCAGAGCAGGGACACACGGUUUGAUGUGGGAUGA